GUUCCCGUGCGAGGACUUGCAUCAACCUGCAGCCAAACAUUGAGUCUGCAACACAAAACCUCCAGAAAGCUCUGAAACGCUCAUAUUCGCCGCGUGACGCUCACCCCCUCUGCAAGCGCAAUUGCCCCUCUCUCACUCUCCCAUGGCUAACUUGAACUUGAAGACAGAUUCCCCCAUCUCUCGUCGCAUUGUCCGUGCCUUCCUGGAAUUCCUCGACUCUGUUGAACCUGCUCCUGGUGUUGAUCUUGAAGGUCUUGAAGUUGCUAGGGAAUGUUUGACAGAGGCGUUUGAGCUUGGUUCAUCCUCUGUCAAUGACCAGAUAAAGCCCAAUUUGUUGGUUGACAUAUUUCGUUCAUUGGAAAAAAAUGAGCAUCCAGAAGCUAGAACCGAUUCUGGUCAUGGAGCAAUCUCAGAUGAUGCCCCCAGUUCAUCCUCUGCUCAAAACACUGCUGAUGCUAAGCUUUCAGAGCCAUCGAAUUCUCCGCAGGGUGAGGAUUGGAUGAGGAAACCUCAUGUUUCAGGAGUCUCUAAAGAUGAACUUUUUGGUCAAUUCUUUGCUGCACUUGAGAAAAUUCACUUUUUCAGAACCAUGCCUGAUGGAAAUGAUGACUUGGUCCAAUUGGAGAAAGCAACGCGUUUAUUUCAUGAUGCUCUAUCUGAGUUGGAAAGAUCUGGAUGCCAGACAAUUAAUAUAAACAACCUAGCUGAGACGUUAAAAUCGCAAGGUAACAGGGCCAUGCAGUCGAAGCUAUACUCUGAUGCAAUUGAGUUGUACAAUUGUGCCAUUGCACUUUGUGAAAAUAAUGCUGUUUACUACUGUAACAGGGCAGCGGCUUACACUCAGAUCCACAAUUAUACUGAAGCAAUCAGGGACUGCAUGAAAUCCAUUGAAAUUGACCCAAAUUAUAGCAAGGCAUACAGUCGUCUGGGGUUAGCUUAUUAUGCACAAGGGAACUACAGUGAUGCUAUUAAUGAAGGAUUUAAGAGAGCCUUGCAAUUGGAUCCAAAUAAUGAAUCUGUCAAAGAAAAUAUUCGGGUUGCUGAGCAAAAAUUGAGGGAAGAACAACGCAGAGGACAUUGGAACAGAAAUUCAGGCAGUCGUAGUGAUCGAGAAUCCCAAAACCAGUCGACGGGUGGGCCAAGCAGUCAUGCUACACCGCCUCCAUUUACUUCUAUGCCAUUUCACACUGCUGCCCUCCCUACUGAUUUUGCAAGCAUGUUUAUGAACAUGGCUGCAAAUGCCGCAAAUCCAUACCAGGGGCAGAAUUCUCAAGACAGGCAUGGAGAAGAGGGUGAUGCGAAUGGGGCGGAUGAGCCUGAAAUAAGAAUAGGGGGGAACAUCAAUUUGAAUUUUGGAGAACAAAUGCCCGAGGAGCUAUCAGGAGCUUUGAGAUCUGUGAUGGAGAUGUUCACAGGGUCAGGAUCCCAUCGUAAUUCACAAGAUUCAUCCGACGGAAGACCUGCCCCAAACUGAAAUCUUGAAGUUUCUUGUAACUGUAUAAAUUCUCACAACGUUUGUAUCUUUUUUCUUCCUUUUUGCUACGAUUUUCUUUCAAACUUCACCAUAUUUUCAGAGUUACAGACAGGUAUCAACCUUUCAGGCAAAAACACGCUUUUUAGUCGGUCACAACCAACCUUUGGAUCAUCUUUGUUAAAAUAAAUAAUAAUUUAAAGAUUAGUUGAGACUGUCA